GGUUCGGUCGGGCAGUGUGGAAGGGGGUGGGAAGAUAUCUGAUCGCCUCCCCUGAGCGAUGGCUGACUUUCUGUGGUAACGGGAGCAUUGGAGAGGCUGGUGAAUGUUGCCCGGGACAUGUCGGCUUUCUCUGACUGCACAGACAGAUGUUAAAGUGAGUGGAUCGUGUGCCACCGCUACACCAUGUACUCGGAGUGGCGAUCUUUGCAACUCAUCAUCCAGAGUGACCGAGGUCACAUGAGUGUUCUGCACAGCUAUCCCAGCAAUGUUGGUAAAGAUGUAGCUAAUGCUGUGGUCCGUCCUCUGGGACAGGGACUGAACAGUUCUUCUGCAACCAGCAAUGAAAGCAUUCUGAAAACCGACAAAGAGGUAAAAUGGACUAUGGAGGUCCUCUGUUAUGGACUGACUCUGCCUCUGGAUGGGGAAACAGUAAAGUUAUGUGUGGACGUUUAUACGGAUUGGAUUAUGGCUUUGGUUGCUCGUCGUGACUCUAUCCCUCAGCCCAUUGUCAAAGAACCAAAUCUAUAUGUGCAAACUAUUCUCAAACACCUGCAGAAUCUGUUUGUUCCCCGCCCAGACUACGCUCAUAAUCAGAUCUCACUAUGCAUGAGGGUCCUAGUAGCAGUCCAGAAAUUAGCACGUGAAUCUGUCAACAUGUCGAGGGAAACAUGGGAAGUUCUGUUGCUCUUCCUAUUGCAAAUUAAUGACACACUUCUGGCAGCUCCAACAGUUCCAGGAGGACUAGCAGAAAAUCUUGCCGAUAAGUUAAUCGGUGUACUGUUUGAAGUCUGGUUCCUGGCUUGUACACGAUGUUUCCCGACCCCACCAUACUGGAAGACUGCGCGCGAAAUGUUGGCCAAUUGGAGGCAUCACCCAGCUGUGGUAGAACAGUGGAGUAAGGUCAUAUGUGCACUGACCUCUAGGCUGUUGCGGUUUACCUAUGGUCCUUCAUUCCCUCCAUUCAAAGUUCCAGAUGAAGAUGCAAUCCUGAUUCCAGCAGAAAUGGACAAUGACUGCGUUGCGCAGACUUGGUUUCGUGUUUUGCACAUGCUUAGCAAUCCAGUGGAUCUGAGUAACCCAGCCAUAAUAAGCACCACACCAAAAUUCCAGGAACAGCUUUUGAGCGUUAGUGGGAUGGCACAGGAAAUGAUGCAACAUCCAUGCCUCAAACAACUGCCUCAAAUCUUCUUCCGAGCCAUGCGUGGUGUCAGCUGUCUGGUGGAUGCCUUUCUCGGUAUUUCCAGGCCUCGUUCUGAUAGUGCUCCUCCUACUCCAGUCAAUAGACUAAACAUGCCACAGGCAAGCAGUACUAUGAACACAACACCCCCCCACAGCAGGAGAAUGCGCUCUGUCACUGUUACAAAGGCAACCGUUAAAACAAGUUCAGGGAGCACUGCACAUCCUCCAAAAGUUACUCAUCAGACAUCCACCACUUCUCCACUGUCCAGCCCAAACCAGACCAGCUCAGAGCCAAGACCUCUACCUGCACCUACUCGUCCCAAGGUCAACAGCGUGCUGAAUCUGUUUGGUCAGUGGUUGUUCGAUGCAGGAUUAGUUCACUGCAGACUGCACAAUGGAAUGAACAGAGAUGGCAGUAUGACAGCAUCUUUUAUCCAAAUUCUUCUUUCUUAUAAAUCUUGCAUUACAACUCCAGCAGGACUGGAUGUCCGACGGAAACCCUCGCAGAUAUCCACUGAAAAUAUGGUUGCCAAUCCGCUGUUCGAUGCCAAUGAAUUUCCAGAUAACUAUGAAGCAGGGAGAGCUGAGGCCUGUGGAACACUGUGCCGAAUCUUCUGCAGUAAGAAAACUGGGGAAGAAAUCCUUCCGGUGUACCUGUCCAGGUUCUAUAUGGUACUGAUCCAGGGACUGCAGAUAAAUGAUUACAUUUGUCGUCCAGUUUUGGCUAGUAUCAUCCUGAACUCUCCUGCUUUGUUUUGCUCUGAUCUGAAAGGCAUCGAUGUUUUAGUUCCUUAUUUCAUUUCUGCACUAGAGACAAUAUUGCCUGACCGAGAACUAUCAAAGUUCAAAGCAUAUGUAAAUCCCACUGAACUUAGGAGAGCAUCUAUCCACAUUCUGCUGUCAAUGCUGCCUCUUCCCCAUCACUUUGGGACAGUUAAAGCAGAGGUUCUUUUGGAAGGAAAGUUCAGUAGCGAAGAUUCUUCAUUACAUGACAAGCCAGUUACCUUCCUUUCUCUGAAACUGCGCCUUGUCAAUGUGUUAAUUGGUGCCCUACAGACUGAAACUGAUCCUAACAAUACACAAAUGAUUUUAGGUGCCAUGUUAAAUAUUGUUCAAGAUUCUGCACUUUUGGAAGCAAUUGGUUCUCAGACAGAGCUGAGUGUUGGUGAUAGCACUCACAUAUCAUUCAAGAGUCACAGUCGAAACAGCAGUGGUAUCAGUAUGACCAGCACGGGUAGCUCGGAGGCCACAACACCAGAUAGUGAAAGACCAGCACAGGCUCUUCUGCGGGAUUAUGGUUGUCCAGCUCUUCAUACAGAUACAGCAUCGGGACUACUGAUUCGUAGUAUCCAUUUGGUAACGCAGCGACUGAACUCCCAAUGGAGGCAGGACAUGAGCAUCUCAUUGGCAGCACUUGAAUUGCUCUCCGGGUUAGCCAAGGUAAAGGUGAGCGUGGAUUCAACAGAUCGAAAGCGUGCAGUUAGUUCUGUGUGCAGUUACAUCGUGCACCAGUGUAGCAGACCUGCUCCAUUUCAUUCCCGAGAUCUACACUCCAUGAUUGUCGCAGCCUUCCAGUGUCUCUGUGUCUGGCUCACAGAACAUCCGGAUAUGCUAAAUGAAAAGGAUUGUCUGAUAGAGGUGCUGGAGAUUGUUGAACUGGGGAUCUCGGGGAGCAAGUCUAAAACCAGCGAUCAGGAGGUGCGGCACAAGGGAGAUAAGGAGCCAAACCCUGCUUCGAUGAGAGUAAAAGAUGCUGCUGAGGCUACGCUCACAUGUAUAAUGCAGUUGCUCGGAGCAUUCCCCUCUCCAAGUGGCCCUGCCUCACCAUGCAGUCUUCUCAACGAAGAGACACUAAUCAAAUACUCCAGGCUGACCUCAACCAGCAAGAACCAUUUCCGGUACUUCGUCUUGGACAACAGCAUCAUCUUAGCAAUGUUGGAGCAGCCACUGGGCAACGAUCAGAAUCCUUGCCCCUCAGUUACUGUCCUGAUCCGGGGAAUGUCUGGGAGACAUGCGUGGACCAUGCAACUGUAUCACCAGCCAAGGGGGUCUCGAGCAAGCCAAAAGGCGUUCGUUCCUGAGCCUCAUCCACCACCUAAGGAUGACGUGGGGAUCAAGUACAAUGUCAAACAUCGGCCAUUCCCUGAGGAAGUGGACAAAAUUCCAUUUGUAAAGGCUGACCUGAGCAUUCCUGAUCUGCAUGAGAUUGUAACUGAUCAGCUGGAAGUUCAACAUGAGAAGCUGAAGAAAUUGAUGGCCAAACAAAUUCUCUAUGAAAAUACACUGGAAAAGAUCAGUGAAGAGAGACUGUCCAAGACCCUGUUCCCUGAUCCAGUCACUGAAUGCAUUCCCCCUCCUCCCGCACAGGAAUUCCAGACUGCUCGACUUCUCCUUUCACACUUUGGUUUCCUAUCUUUGGAAGCGCUGAAGGAGCCAGGUAAUAGCUGCCGUCCUCCUAAUCUUAUUGCACUUGACUCUACUCUUGCUGGAUUUUUUGAUGACAUUGGCUACUUGGACUUGCUGCCCACCAGACCUUUUGAAACUGUCUUCAUAUUUUAUAUGAAACCUGGUCAGAAAACCAGCCAGGAGAUUUUGAAGAAUGUGGAAUCCUCCAGUAAUGUGCAGUCUCAUUUCUUGGAAUUUCUCCUGUCGCUGGGAUGGCCAGUGGAUGUUGGAAAGCACCCAGGCUGGACAGGACAUGUGUCAACCAGCUGGCUAAUUAAUGCAUGCAAUGGCAGUGAGGGGAAAGAACAAGAGGAAAUGGUGGCACCAGAUGAUACUGGAGGAGGUAUUUUUAAUGGAGAGAAGAAAGCACUGUAUUAUGCUGAUGCCUUGACUGAAAUUGCCUUUGUCGUUCCCUCUUUCAUGGAGUCAUCCACUGACUCCUCAGAGAGUGGUCUCACAUCGCAGGAAGCAGAGACACAGAUGGACUUAUUGCCAAGCCUCCUGAAACAAACCCCACUAACCUUGGAGCUCUUCCCAAACCAUUCUGAAAACCUUAGCAAUUCGCAAAGGCUGAGUCCUACACAGAAAUCGAAGAGGUUGCCACUUGGACGUACUGUCCCUCCACUGGGUCCAGAAACAAAGGUCAUUGUUGUGUGGGUGGAACGCUUUGAUGACAUAGAGAAUUUUCCUCUCAAUGAUCUUCUGCCAGAAAUCAACACUGGAGUAGAGACCACUACAAACAGCAGCACCUCUCUCAGGACCACUACAUCAGACAAGGAUGUGCCGGUCAUUUUCAUCCAUCCCCUGAAGACUGGUCUCUUCAGAAUAAAAGUUCAAGGGGUUACAGGGAAGUUCAGUAUGGUGAUUCCAUUGGUCGAUGGAAUGGUAGUGAGUCGGCGGGCAUUGGGGUUUUUGGUCCGCCAAACCAUUAUAAACAUCUGCCGAAGGAAGAGGCUGGAGAGUGACUCCUACAACCCUCCCCAUGUGAAGAGGAAGCAGAAGAUAGUGGAUAUAGUCCACAAGUACCGCAACAAGCUCCUGGAGCCAGAGUUUUACACCUCACUGUUCCAGGAAGUGGGGCCAAAAUCUCUGAACCCGUAGACACACUGAGAUCUUUGCCGAGAGUAUUUAUAAGCUAUUUUACUACUUAGUCAGGCACUUGGCUACUUGCGAAUGUGAUGUUAUGCACCGACUGGUAUCCAGAGCUCUGGAAAGCAGUAUAUCCCAGCUGGUUCUGUGUAAAUGUGUAUUAAGGACGUAAUGUUGAUUUUUGAGAAAUAUAUAAAACCCAUUUUAUACUGAAUUGCAAGACAGCCUUACUGAACAUAACCGAAUUUCUGUACAAUACUUGAAAUCUGUAUUAUGUAGUGUAUCUUCAAUCAGCUGUGUGGCAAGGUGUGCAAUAGUGCUGUACUCUUAGCUCCCAGACCUUGCACUGAAUCUUACACAGAUAGGCAGUAGCGGAGGAGAGAGUUUGGGGCAGUCUCAAUCCACAUACUGGUGGGAGUGAUUCCACAGCACAAAACUGCCCUUACAGUUCAUAGUUAGCACUAAAACUAUAAGGAAUAGGGCUAGGCCUUUGAAGGAGGGAGUUAUCUUUUUCAUUUGUCAACCUUGGUCAGUGAUUUUCAUCGUUGAGACACCAAGCCAUGUUUAGUUGGAAUCUUAGUUCCAAAUCACAUAUUUCUUCUUUACCAGAAAGCACUUGUCCUGGAAUCACCUUGCAGGAACACAAGCAUAGUACUAGUGCAGUUAUCAGUUUUGCACAGUACCCAGCAUAAACAGUGGGUAUCCCCUUGCUUUUUAGUCUUCCUGAUGUCCAGCACUUAUGAAUAUUUGUACUGAAAAGACAUUUAUCAGGCUGUGUGUUAAUCCAAGAAAAAUGAAAGGAAUGUAGAAGGACGUUAGCCCCAUAAGGAAAUGGAGAGGUAUGAGGGUGUGUGGAAAUCCACAUCUGCGGAGGUCUUGUUCAGCUGUGUCUAAACCAGUCCUUGUGGUCAAAUCAUUGAUCCAACCCAGAUAAUUUGACUUCAUACUCGCCAGUGGAAUUGCUUUUUUUUGUCUUGGACUUUUAUCCUGUAGGACCUCACUGCAAUUUUCCCAAGUCUUUCCGUGUUCCUAUCAACUGAGAGUGCGGUCAAAUUUGCAAUUUCUUUCUUCUCAUAACAAAGCUAAAUGAUAAUUCAUUGUCCAACUGUGCAUUGGUAGUUUGAAUUGGUUCUGCAUUAGUCUUCUCAUGGUGCCUGGAAGCUGUCCUCAGUAAUUCUGCCCUGAAUCUAGAUGCAAGAAUUCCCUCUAGCCAGUUAAACUGACCAAGGACAACUUGAGUUCCUGGUCUGUGUGAUGGAAACCACUGACCUAGGCUGUAGUUCAAAAUAAAGUUAUCCUGAAAGUGCCCGCAUUUGUUUUAAAGCCUUCCACACACCACACAGAAUUGUUUUUAUUUUGUUCAUUAAUCACGAAGCAUUUAAAAUAUUUUACAGGUUUUAUUUUUAUACUUCAUUGCUUUUGUCAUUGCCAUUUGAGGAAAUAAUGGUUAUUUUUAAAGUCGUGUCUUUGUUCCCAACACAUUUGUCUGAUUGAUAAAUGAGCUCCAUUAGAAAUCCUUACUCUGCAAUCAAUGAUCAAACAAAGUGAAUAAUGUACGUUUAGUGAACAGUGAUCAAUGUGUUCAAACUCAAGUUCUUGCACUGUGCAGGGUCAAAGAAUCAACAUUCUCCCCUAUCCUUCAACGUCCUUGGUGUUUAUUACACUUACUGGUGAGCAGGCACCUUCCUACAUUAGUUUUAUGCUUUAUUCUAGUUGGGUGUUUUUAAAAGAAAAUUAAAGACUAUUUUAAAAAAUAAUUUAAAUGUCAUGAAUAGAUUUCUUUCCCUAAGCAAUUCAUCAGCUGGUGCCAGGUGCUGUGCUGAUAGCCGAGUUAGUGAAUCUCAGCAAACGAGGGCAAAGCUGACCGAUGAACCACCUUUGCUGAUUGAGUGAUACAUUGGAGAGGCACCUUGCACAGGAACUCUGUCCACUCAGAUCCCAGUAACCCUUUAAUGCAACCUCCGAACAGUAUCACUGUUUCAAGCAGUCAGCUUAAUGGCAACCUAGGUUGGAGAAAGAUGCUUGAAGUGCUGGAGCAAAUACUAGAGCUUAGAGAGAUUCGCCAGAGAUUUUCUUUUAAUUGCAUGUCUCAUGCCUGCCAGGAACAAAGGAGGAAUGAGGGUGAAUUUAAAUUGAUUGCUUUUCCCCUCUAAAGACCAAGGUGGCAAGACAUAGUUUGAUUUAUUCCUUUUCCUUUUUACUCCUGUUCUUUACUGUGGCUGAUUUCUGGUUUUUGAAUCCCAGAUACUUUGAGAUAAACCCAUAGCAAAAUCCUUUUAAUGUGAAAGAGUUUAUUAACAGAACAUUUAAAACAUGGGAAAUUGCUUUGCUACUUCAUACAUUACAUACAUACACACAACUACUCAGGAAUUUAAGGAAGACAAAGGAGAAGUUUAUAAAUUACAAGUGUUAGGUAAAUCCAGAGCUAUUAAAAAAGGUUAAUGUCCAAUAAUAGUUUCCUAUUAUUAAUACUAAUGAGCUGUGACCAGUAGACUUUCCUGUUUGCAAUGUAGGCUUCUUUCCCACUAGCAAAUUGGAGAAUUAGUGAUGGAAUGUUCAAGCAAAGCUGCCAACUCAGCCUGGAGUCCUGCUUUUGACCUCUAGAGGUCAAGCAGCAACUCGCUUAGAAUUCCAGAACUGUACAUUUAAGCAAUUCAUCCAGUUUUGAUUUCAACAUACAACAAGGGUAGAUAUUUCAGGAGCUGAGGGGUCCACUCUAAUGGGCUAAUUGGAAGGUCAUUAAGCUAACAGUGUAGCUAUACCUCCCUCAUUAGAGUUUCCUUUAGAAGGUGACGACUGUUAACGCAUUUUUAGCAUGGAUUCCUUUAUCCCGAGCUAACUGGAAGCAAGUGACUCACCUCCAUGCCUUUCAUCAGCUGGCAUGUCUAUGCACCGCAGUGGGUUCAGAAGUUUCUGGAAAUAUGAUCAUGUGAUUGACCUCUGCCAUUUUGAGUACCGCGAGGCUGUCUAAAGAAACAAAAUUAAACAUGAAAAUAUAGAAUACAGUUUCCUUUUGAGGUUUCUUGUCAUGCCUUCUGGCCAUGUCAUAUCUGAAGAGCUAUUCUGAAUGCUCAUGCUGCUGGACCCAGAGUUUGAGGUAUUCAAAUUGAUUGGAUAAUGCACUAUAACCUGCAAAUUCUCUCCAGUGUUGAUUCUUCAAAGAAGCCUGUUAUCUGACCAUAUAUAAAAUUCAGUUUUCAUUCCCACACUUAAACUCACUUGAUGAUUUGAAUGAUCUGAGGUUUGUAAAUCAGCCUGGAAUAUACAAAAUUCUUUUGAUAAUAAGCAGAUGAUCACCAUGAUGGAAAUGCACAGCAAGUGAGAAAACAGUUUACUCUAAUCUUAUAAGUUGCCUCCAAGGAAUGGAUACAUUGAAUCCUACUCGACGUGGUUGCAUGCCCUAUCAAUGAGAUCCUCUCCGAGAACAGCCUAACUCAGCCAUGCCCCUUUCUCUUCCAGGUUUUGUCUGACCUGUCCUUAGAAUUUCUAUUAUUAAACUUUCCCCAGUUCAAGCUUUGAACAUUCCGUUCACCCAUAACCACUCUUCUUGCCCCCAUCACUCACUCCCUUCACUUCUGAUGUGCUUAAAGGGCUGAAGGUGAAAUCUGAUUAUCUGUCUUUCACCUCAUUGAAGUUGGGAGUUUGCUAUGCAUUAAUUUCCUGUUGAGUUUUCAAUAUUGAAACAUUGACCAUGCUUUAAAAGUACUUCAUUAUCUGAAGCACUUUGAGGUACCUUUCAUGAAAUCAUGAAAGGUGCUACAUAAAUGCAUAUCUCCUCACUGACAGAGUUGUCUUUGUGCCUAUAUUGGUGCUGCUGUGAUUCUUGCAGUCUCGCUGUGUCCACAUCAGUUUGGUCUUGCAUCACCCACAGACUGAUACUAGCAGACCAGUGAGAUCUGUCUGUUCACAACUAACAGUCAUUGACCCAACUCUAGAUUCUCACUUUGUCCUGUUUCAUUUUGAUCACAGCUGAAUUUAUUUCUGAUAGCUGUAACUGUCAUUAUCUGUAGUAAAGGAGUUUACUCAGGUAAGUAAAGAUUGGACUGAAAUCUUGUCUACAUGCUUCUGGUAAAUAUUCUAUUUUUGUUUGUGAAGUUAGAGGCAUGGUGCUCUGCAAAGACACUGACUCUCCGUCUGGUAUGUUGUUUAAGUGACGUGUCUUCCUGUGAGAGGCUGAAUUGGAGUGUUGGGCUGUUGUUAGUUUUUGGGACAUUGAGUCCAAGUCAAUGAGCACUGUCCAAUUGGAGUUGGUGAGUAGCAUUCUCUACCACCUUGCUGCUCUUCAAACCCAGGAUCAAGAAAACCAUUAUCCACUACAAGCAGCCGAAGUGAAAUCAGUGAAUUCAGCUCAAGCCUGGAAUCUGACCUUGGACAUCACAGGCAUGUGUUGUGUUCCAACUUCAUCACUAUAUUCCACUGUGCUGGGCUGCUGUUAGUAAUACAUAGUGCGAACAGUUGAGUACAGUUUGUGCAGAGUAUUGCAGGGAACAUUUACAGUCCAUUGUGCGCAGUCCAUUUGUUCAAUGGUAAAGGCAGUAGUCUAUAGAUAGCCUGGAUAGAGGCAUUUUAUUGUCUCAUCUGGUCAUCACUUGUGGUCACCUGUAGGAUUUGUUUCUUAAACUGGGCUCCCUAAGUAUGUCGACAGGGUUAGUCUCCAGUUCAUACUGAACUGGAUUCAUUAUAUAUGGAAGAAUAAUUGACAUCUUACCAAUUUGUGGCAGCUAAAUAAAAUCUGCUAACUCCUAUUGCUAAUGGUUCAUAUGUGUGAAUAUCAAAGGGCAGAGUUAGCAGUGAUUCCCACUUGGUCAAUGUUCAUGUGGUAGAGAGAAUGGACAAUUUUGCAGUGAGGUGCCAAAGCGCACUGUAGAUUUAUUUUCCAGUAUGUUGUCAACAUUUUCAGUAUUGAAGGGAUCUGCCAGAGUUGGGCCUCAGUGAGGAACUGAGGUGCGAACAAACUGCUUACAAAUUCAGCUUUAAGCUUCUGUCUCCAGCAGAAAACCAUUUUCAUUUUCUUUAGUCUUAAGUUCCCAAAACUGCAGCUUUAGUUUAAAACUUCAGUCAGACAUGCUUCAGGUUUCUGUAGUGAUCAGGAUUUAACAGAAAUGCUGUACGUUCAUUAGAGUGAGGGAGAUUGUAAUGUUUAGACUCCAAAUUAAUAUAUUGAAUUAAAGGAGGUUUACAGACUGGAAGACAGCCACUUGAUCCAUCGUCUAUGCACCAGCUGCAGUGACCCUGCCUAAUCACACUUAGCAGCAUUUGGUCCAGAGCCUUGUGGGUUAUGGUAUUUCUGCAGCUGGUGGGACUGGGUGAGGGGGUAGAUAACGGAUUUUCUACUUUUACUCACAACUUGUCCCAACUCUCUGUGAUACAGGACCAAUAAUCUGGGACCAGCUCUCCUACAGUGUCAUGUGCCACGUUAGGAAGCAUUCUCCCAGCACUAGGUUUCAUUGUUUUUCUUUCUUUUGUCUUUCAUGGCAUGUGGCCAUUGCUAAGUAGACAAACUUUUGCACAUUCCUAAUUACCCUCAAGUUGAUUGGCUUGUUUGACCGUUUUGAAAGGCAGUUCACCACAGUCAUAUGUAGGCAGGUUUCCAUCCCUAAAGAACAUUAAUGAAGCAGGUAAGUGUUUGUGAUAAUGGAUAAUCAAUGAGAAAUGUCAUGGGGUUGAGGGGGCUGCCAAAACUUAUACUCGCUUUCAAUCCCAGAUUUAUUAAUCAAGUUGAACUUCUAUUUGCUGUGCUGGGAUUUGAACUCCUGUCCCCAGGGUAUUGCCCUGGGUUUCUGGAUCACUAGUUUUUUAUUCCUCUGUGGUAUGUGGAUGUUGCAGGUGGGGCUGGUAUCUGUUACCCUUGAGCUGAGUUGCUUCCUCGGCCAUUUCAGUCCUUACCACUAGAAUUUCAGACUCCAGUUGAAAGUCAACCACAUUGCUGCAACCAAGUAAGGACAGCAAAUGUGACCUUCCCUAAACAACAUUGGUGAACCAGAUGGGUAUUUUUGACAUAAAAACAGAAAUUGCUGAGAAAUGUCAGCAAGUGUGACAGCAGUUACUGUGGAGCGAAAGCAGAGUUAACGUUUCAGAUCCAGUGACCCUGCUUCAGAACUGGCAAUUCUGGAUUCAAAAUGUUAACUCUGAUUUCUCUCCACUGGUGAUGCUAGACCUGCUGAGUUUUCCCAGCAAUUUCUGUUUUUGUUUCUGAUUUGCAACAUCCGCAGUUCUUUGUUUUUAUAUUUGUUAGGUAGUUUUGACAUGUGGUAAUGGUUAUCUGGUUACCAUUAGACAAGCUUUGAAUUCCAGAUUUUGAAUGCACAACUGUUAUGAUAGGACUCAAACCCAAGUCCCUAGAAUAUUUGGCUGGAUCUCUAACUAAUGACAUUAUCAGCAAACCAACUUCUUCCCCUCUUGACAAGGUAUGAACUUGAUUGUACGUGGUGAAUGAAGCAAGUCAUUAAUAUGCAGUCAUGUUCUGUAUGUGGCUGGAGUGAUGGAGAUUUAUAUCUACAUUGUGACAUUGGGAACUGUGCAGUAGGCAGGUAGUCAGACCUGAUCUCCCUGCAUCCUCACACCACUCUUGAUAUGAGGCUUUAAGAUCCUCUUCUUCAAAAGCAAAGCAAAAGUUUGACCGGCUAAAUUUCCUUUUACUAAAAUUCUUCCCAACUCUCCUUCCUUUACGGAGAGAGAGCCCUUUAAUCCAGUUUAUACUGGCAACAUAAUUUACUAAUUCAUAAUUUCUGGCAAAUCCACAGAAAAUAUUCACCAUGACCAUAGUCAAGAAAAAGAUAACAGGACAAUGGCACUUUAGCCGAGUGCAUGAUUCAGAAGAAAUUCUCAGUUUUUGCACUUCUUCCAAUGACGUUUCCCCCGAUGUCUUUAGAAAAUUAGUCUUUCUGGGGUUAGAUUUUAUAAUUCAAAGGUUGAGCUUGGUGUCUGAGAAAAAUAGUGUGCAAUCAUUGUGAAGCUGUACAUCAAAGUAAUCUAGUAUGAAGGAUAAUUUAAAAGUAUUGUAUCUCCUGUAAAUAAAGCUGACUUCAGUUGAGAUGUACAGUAGAAAGGAGGGUUUCUGUAAAUAGUGACCAGCAGGCCAGUUUGUUUUUGUCUUCAGUACUUUAUCUCUCUGCCUGCUAGGGUCGACAAAAAAAAUCUUUGUAUUUAUGCCAAUUCAAUGUAUCAAAGAGAAAUGUACUGAUAUUGAAUGUAUCUCAUUAUAUUCAAUAAAUCGUUGAGGAGGUUCUUUA